GUUUUUUCUUGUUCUCAACGUUCAUCAUCUACUUGACAAAAUGGCCACUGCUAUCGGUGUCUGGAGCGAAGUCGUCAAGCCGGGUACUCCCCUGGUAUUCGCGCCUGCGGCGGAUCUCCGAAUUUGCAAUGUCUCCCUUGGAGAGACCCUGGCGGAUGAGAAUGCGCGUACGGUCCUGAAGAUCACGCACAUGACGCCCACCGUCCCGGAAGAGGACGAGGAUGAGGACGAGGACGAAGACGAUGAGGAGUCCGUCCCCAUGAAGGAGUGCGAGGUCGUCCUCUGUGCUCUUACCCCGGGAAAGAUCGAGCAGGCUGUCGUCGAUCUCAUCCUCCAGGAGGAGCAGAGCGUUGCCAUUGAGGCUAUCGGCAAGAACGAGAUCCACCUCGUCGGCAACUACAUCGAGCAGCCCGUCCCCUUCAACAACGGCGAGGACAGCGAGGAUGAAGAUGAUGAGUUUGGCAGCGAGGAUGGGUACGACCUCCGUGAUGUCUCGUCGGACGUCGAGAUGGACGCGGAUGAGCUUCUGUCCGAUGACGAGCGCUUCGAAGAGAUCAAUGAGGACGCUGAGCCCAAGUCGCUCAAGCGCCCCGCUGCAGACGAGGCCCCCAAGUCCAAGGCCGAGAAGAAGUUGAAGGCCGCGGAUGGCAAGGCUGUCGAGAAGAAGACCGAGGAGAAGGCUGACGGUGCCGAGAAGAAGGACGAGACCAAAAAGUCCAAGAAGGAGAAGAAGAAGGAAAAGAAGGAGCAGCAGGCGAAGGAGGGCAAGGCCAAGGAGGGCAAGGGCGAGGCUGCCGCACCCGUUGAGCGUGAGCUCCCGGGCGGCAUCAAGGUCAAGGAUGUCAAGAUCGGCGACGGCCCGAAGGCGACGAAGGGGAAGACGGUCGGUAUGCGCUAUAUUGGCAAGUUGACGAAUGGCAAGCAAUUUGACGCGAACACGAAGGGCAAGCCGUUCACCUUCCACCUGGGCAAGGGCGAGGUCAUCAAGGGCUGGGACGAGGGUAUCGUUGGCAUGCAAGUCGGUGGUGAGCGCCAGCUUACCAUCCCUCCGGCUAUGGCAUACGGCAAGCGCGGUAUGGACGGCAUCCCUGCCAACUCGACGCUCCUAUUCGAGGUCAAGCUGCUCUCCGUCAAGUAAGCAGUUGCCUUGCGUCGAUGACGCUGCGAAGACGCCGGCGGUGUUGUGUGUGCCAGGCCCGAUCGCAGUGUGUAGGGGCGGAUGACAAUGCGAGGGCGGCUGCGUAGUGCCCGCUGACGCUACGCAAAACUCUCUUCGUCCGCUCCCUCGCCGUCUACCUGCCCCCAUCUUACGACACAAAAUCUACCGAGGGCGUCCUCGAACGAGCUUCAUGAACCCCAAAAUUACGGACAUCUACGAGAUGAAGUAUCGCUUGAUUUACUUGCUACAACGAUCAGCUUGCAUGUAUGUACCAGGUGCUUGUUACAGUGCAGUCUUGGGCUGGCGCGUUUCAAUGCUGAUGAGGUUGUGCGCCA